AUGGUCAAGGAACGAGCCACCCCGCAUGGACGCCAAUGUGAUAAGGAUGUAACCAGGGCCGACACGGAUGGAAUGGUCAAGGAACGAGCCACCCCGCAUGGACGCCAAUGUGAUAAGGAUGUAACCAGGGCAGACACGGAUGGAAUGGUCAAGGAACGAGCCACCCCACAUGGACGCCAAUGUGAUAAGGAUGUAACCAGGGCCGACACGGAUGGAAUGGUCAAGGACGAGCCACCCCGCAUGGACGCCAAUGAGAUGAUGGCCAGUCUGAUCAGCCAGACCCCAGACCACCCUGUCCCCUUUCUCAUCAGUCACCUGCAGACCAAGCCAGGCAGCCCCGGCAAGCUGCACAGAACACUGCCGGGCUCCGCCGCUCUGUGGGCCCAGAGCGAUGCAGCAGAGAGUAAAGGAGGUCCUGACUUCAGGAGUUACCAGAAGCCCUGGCAGAUCCACCCGAACAAACCCAAGAAAUCCAAGAGUGACCUGGCAGUGUCUAACAUCUCCCUUCCUUCAGCAGAAUCUAAGUCCUUACCGCGAUCUAUUGAGCAGCCGUGGUGGGAAUGGAGGGAGAGCGGCGACUUCAACCUCAUCCUGCAGGAGAGCAAGACGCUGGGCAAGGCUCUGGAGAACCUGUCCCGUAGUAUCGCUGUUUCUGAUGAACUUGAUCAGAACCUGGGGGGGUAUAACUCAGUGCUGCAGCCCAGGGUGGUGGGGGAGUGGGUGGGCAGGGAGGAGGAAGACCCCGACCCACUGGCAGCAGAGAUGCUCCAACCCCCAGUCCCCAGGACCAAGACUGAGGCUUGGGGGAGCGCUGAUAGCAGCCCUGCCGGAAGUGGGAAGAGUAAAGGGUUGAAGCAGCAGCAGCAGCACCACAAGAGGCUGCUGGCGGCCAUGUUGUCCCAAGAAUCCUUUGACUCCGCCCAUAGCUCCGCCCCCUCACUCACUGAGGAGGAGAUGGAAGAUGAGGACGACGUCAUGGAGCUGCUGGAGGACCUAGAUGACCUGCGUAUGGAGGGGGUAACAGGGAUGGCUCCGUCAGGCAGUAAGUUCAGCCAGGGUCGUAGCUCCUACUGCCCAGAACCCCAGGCCAAGGUCACACUCAACAUCUGCUCUAGGUGUGCAAGGCUGCAAGGCGACAGUCUGUCGGAUGCCAGUAGACCAGCAGAAGAGCACCAUGGUUCCCCCCAGCAUGUCCCCACUCAAGGACCCCCUUAUCCCCUUCGCCUCUUCCCAGAACACACUGCUGUGAACAUGCCAGAUGGACAUGGACUUCCCCAUCGCCUACAGGCUGUGCCCGUCUCCUGUCCCGGGAUGGACACAGCCCUGGUUCGAGAUCAGGAAUGUGAAUCUGGGUCCCAGAUGUUUGUCCAACGCCGUCAGGCAGUCUGGGAGGCUGAUGUGAAGGUGGUUAGAGGAGGAGGAGGUAGCUCUUCCAGGGAGCUCCUGGGACAGACGGGAGGACUUUUACUAAGUGACUCCCUCUUCUCCAAAGAACUGGAGGACAUGGGCAAACACCUCGCUGAGGUGGAGAAGGACCUGGCCAAGCUGGCAGAGCAGGGGAAACUAGCCCAGCGGAGUCCCAACAGCCCCCACAGCUCCCUUCUCACCCCCUUGUUCCACACCUCUCUCCCGGCCUCACUCCCCAGUACCCUCCCCUUACCCGGCCAGACUUCACGACCUCAGUCUCCCAUCCUCAUCCGCUCAGCCAAGCCCAGCUCUAUAGGUUAUCCCCUGGUCAGUCCUAAACUCAGCCCCCUGCUCACCCGCAAGCCCACCUCCCUCACCAUGACCGGCAGCCACCGGACUCAUUCCCCCAGCAACUCCGGCGGCAGAAUGACGACCCCCAGAACCCCAAGCAGCAGACCGAUGACCCCCAACAGCCUGCUGACCUCCAAGUCGGCCAUGACGGCCGUGACCCCAGGGGUCAGUGUUCACAGAGGUCACAGGGGUCAUAAGGAGGUGACCUUCAGGAAGUCACGGAGCAGGCCGGUGACCCCCACCAGUCAGCCAACCCGACCCAGGCCCCUGCUCACGCCUCCUGGGCUGAGUACAACAGAUAGUCUGGGCAAGGCCUCCAGCCUCAAGGCCUAUCUGUCAGAGGGUGAGUUCUACAAGCAGCUACAGGCUAUCAGACAGCCGUGGCACAUUCCCAUUGACACAGAGAGUGACAUCCUGGAACCACUUGAGCAGGACAAGAGUGGGGUACGGGAUGCCAAUAAAAGAUCAGUGUUCUCAGGUAAAAAUGUAAAUGCAUUUUUCAAGUUCCACACCCAGAUAAAUAUUGGAUCUCCUGUCUAG